UUUAGAAGCAUAAUCACAUGAAGAUUCAAUAAUUUUGCCAGAAUUACGAUUUUACGAUUUUACGAUUUAUAAUUAAAGCAGGUCAAACAGUAAGCAUAUGCAUCAUAUCGUGAUGUACAAUGCAUACAUGUUUGUAUUACUUUUUUUCAAUCGAAUCUUUUCUAUACCGAUAAAAAAUGCUCUCUUCUAUCACUUCUCGUUUAUCUCGGAAUAUAUCAGUUUUUAAUGGAAGAUCGUUUGUACGUCAAUUUGCUUCUGCUUCGGCAGAAACCGUAAAUAUUAAAUUACCCGAAAGUUCCUUUAAAACUUAUAAAUGCGAUCCGCCUUCACUUGAUAUUGAAGUUACAAAGGACGAACUGCUCCGCUUGUAUAAGGAAAUGGCGGUUAUGCGUAGAAUGGAAACAGCUGCUGACGGGUUAUACAAGUCGAAAAUGAUUAGAGGUUUCUGUCAUUUAUGUACUGGUCAAGAAGCAGUAGCAGUAGGUAUGGAAGCUGCAAUUACGGAAGAUGAUGCAAUUAUCACUGCAUACCGCUGUCAUGGAUUCACCUAUGUUCGCGGUGGAACUAUUCAUUCAAUUUUAGCUGAGCUUAUGGGUCGUAAGGCUGGAAUUUCACGAGGAAAAGGUGGUUCUAUGCAUAUGUUUUCAAAGAAUUUUUAUGGGGGUAACGGUAUUGUCGGUGCUCAGGUUCCUGUUGGAACUGGAGUGGCAUUUACACAAAAAUAUUUGGAAAAAAAGAAUGCUACAUUUAUAUUAUAUGGGGAUGGGGCAGCAAAUCAAGGACAAGUAUUUGAAGCUUUUAAUAUGGCUAAAUUAUGGGAUUUACCGGCAAUAUUUGUUUGUGAGAAUAAUUUUUUUGGAAUGGGAACGGCAGCAGGUAGAAGUUCUGCUAAUGCACAAUAUUAUACUAGAGGUCAAUAUAUUCCAGGUCUUCAAGUCAAUGGAAUGGAUGUAUUAGCUGUGAAACAAGCCUGCUCGUGGGCAAAGAAUUGGACAACUAAUGAUCAAGGACCACUUGUAUUGGAAAUGGUAACGUAUCGCUAUGGAGGUCAUUCAAUGUCUGACCCAGGUACAAGUUAUCGUACACGUGAAGAAAUUCAACAUAUGAGAAGUACAAAAGAUCCCAUUACAGGUUUAAGACAAAGAAUUUUAGAACUUGGUUUUUCAACUGACGAUGAAAUUAAGAAACUUGAAAAAGAAGCAAGAGCAGUAGUUGAAGAAGCAGUAGCUGAAGCACAAAAGGAACCACAACCUGAUGAAUCAGAAAUAUUUACAAAUAUUUAUGCUAAAGGAACUGAACCUCCAAUUAUUCGCGGUCGUGAACGCGAAGAAUUUGCUGUUAUGAAUCAAUAAAUUGUUGAGUUGUUAUUAUCAUUUAAUAGACAGGAAGGUGUAAAAUUUUAUGUACGUCGUUGUACAAAUUUUCUUUUUAUUGUACAAAACAAUAAGUUAAUUUAUAUAAAAAAACCUAUAUAAUUUCACACAUUUAACUUCCACCUUCACCAUUUUUAUCAGGAGUAUUAACAAAUUGUAUAUUGCAAGAACCUUUUUCAUCUUGUACUAUUUUAAAAUUAUCUGUUGAUAAACCAAAUUUUCCUAAAAUAGUGUUACCAAAGCCUUUGAGUUUAUCUAUCAUUUCAGCUUUUUCCUUUUCUUCUAAUUCUUUUAUUUUUGGAGGUAAUCUUUUAAUCGCAUUAGAUAUCAAACUAUGAUUAUCUAAAACUACUCGAUCAGAUUUAUGGAUUGGAUCUGAUGAAAGUUUCUUGUAAUCUU